GUAUAGGUGAGAUUUGAGAAUAAGCGAAACAGCGAUAAGCAAUGAGCGCGUUUCACGCAUUGGUGGGUCAGGCUAUUUCUUUGUGCAGCUUUUCCCCGCGUUUUCGCGUCUAGGUCGAGCUUAUCAUAAUUUACAAGUGCGAAUUCAUAACAUUAACGUAUGAAAAUAUUUCAACGGACAACGUCAGAAUGACCUCCAUGUUAUUAUUGAUAUUUGGUGUAAAACUCCGUGUUCGUGCUACAAAUUUUCACAAAUAGGUCUAAUUUUUUUCACAUAAUUUACGUCACUUUUGAUGACUGCCAAGACAAUAAAAAAUUUUUUAACAUACACCGAAGCCUAUUACACAAAGAAUGUUUACUCAUGCGCCUAAUAAGUGUCUGUGUACGUCAGUGCGACAACCUGCACAGUGCACAGUGUGGACCGGCGAAUGCGGCAUUGGAAUGAUCGUUCUUUUGAAAAGCCACGAGGUUUCAAUGUAAACAGAAUGUCUGAGACAAAUUGCUGCACCAUGCACAUACUCUGUGUUUGUAAUUCAAUUGUUUGAUGGUUUUUGAUUUUUAAAUUAAACAGUGAGAAAUUUUAAAGUUUUUUGUUAUAAAAGAAUCAUGAAUCAAACAGACUUGCCCAUUGUUAUUGAGUUUGGAGGUGGUGCGGAGUACUUGUUUGACAAUAAAACUAAACACAAUAUUGUUUUGCCUGCAAAACCACAAUGGACGCUUGGUGAAUUAAUCCUUUGGAUGCGUGAUAAUAUGCUGCAAGAUAAAGAAAGAGAAGAUCUCUUUGUCCAAGAUGAAACAAUACGACCUGGAAUUCUCGUAUUGGUAAACGAAACAGAUUGGGAAUUAUUGGAUGAAGGCAAUUAUAAAUUGCAACCAAAUGACAACGUUCUUUUUAUAUCGACAUUGCAUGGCGGAUAG